CUUUCACCUACCUCCUCCUCCUCUUCUUCUUCUUCUUCUUCUUCUUCUCUGGUAAAAAAGAUCCAAUUUUGAACCAAGAAAGCCAUGGAUCUGGCACCAGAACAGCAACAAAACUUGAGUUUACUCUCACUUUUCAAAGAAUCACUUUCCAUCCCAAAGAGAUCUCCACAAACUUUUUACAGAAUCACUCUCAGCUUAAUCUUGCCACUCUCUUUCGCAAUCUUAGCUCAUUCCUUCUUCACCCAUCCCAUUCUUUCUCAACUCCAUGAAAACCCAAGUGCUUCUCAUGCUUCUCAAUGGACCAAACUCCUUUUCUACCAAUUCUGUUACUUAAUUUUCCUCUUGGCCUUCUCCCUCCUCUCAACCUCUGCUGUUGUCUUCACUGUCGCUUCUCUUUACACUUCAAAACAAGUAUCUUUCUCCUCAAUAAUCACUGCUCUGCCUAGCAUCUUAAGACGCCUCUUCAUUACUUUCAUAUGGGUUUUCCUCUCCAUGCUUGUUUACAACGCUGUCUUGUCCUUUUUCAUUGUACUCAUGUUAAUUGCCUUUGAGAGCAAAAGCAAAAACAGUAUUGCUCUGUUUUUAGUCUCUGUUUUUCUCCUCUCUGUUUUCUUCCUUGUUGUUCAUGUCUACUUAAGUGCUUUAUGGCAUCUUGCUAGUGUGAUUACUGUUCUUGAACCAAUUCAAGGCCUUGCUGCUUUUAAGAAAAGCUAUGAGCUGUUAAAAGGGAAAAUUAGAAUGGCUUCUGUGUUGGUUUUGGGGUAUUUGGUGAUUUUUGGUGUAAUUAGUAGUGCUUUUGGUUCAAUUGUGGUGGAUGGUGGUGCUAAUAAGGAUCAUGAAGGAUACAGUGUUUUUGUUAGGAUUGUUGUUGGAGGGAUCUUGAUUGGUGUUCUUGUGGUUGUGAUUUUGGUGGGGCUUUUGGUGCAAAGUUUGUUUUAUUAUGUGUGUAAGAGUUAUCAUAAUGAGAGGAUUGAUAAGAGUGCUUUGUAUAAUCAUCUUGGUGGGUAUUUGGGUGAGUAUUAUGAACCUCUUAAAGGGAACAUGCAAAUUGAUGAUAGCUUCGAGGUAGAGAUGAAAGGUGGAGAGACUGCUUGAAGCUUUUUUUGAUGAGUUUUGGUGGUGAUUGUGUUGAGAUAAAAGUAAAAUUAAUAAAUCUUAGCACUUCAUUUUCCCUUUUUUAUGUUUAGUUAUAUGUGUUUUUGUAAUGAAAUGCAAUGCAAUCGAAUCGAUGAUUACUUUUCGUGUAUAUAACUUAAAUGAGAUUUUGUAUGGUUUAUUGUCCUUUCA